ACUAAAAUAAAAUGUUUCGUUUUUUUUUUGUUUAGUUAUACAGAGAAAUUGUUUUGUCACAAAGAUCCGAAUUUUAUAUAAAAAGAAGAAAAUUGAGUCAAUCAUUUAAAGGUGGAAUGGAGCCGGUGAGUAAAGCGAGUCGCAGUUCAAAAAUUCGUCGACAGAGAAGUCAUGAAUGGAAAGAUUAUGACAGUUCUUCCGAUAAUGAUGAAGAAAAACAAACUUUCAGAUAUGAAGAAUCAAAUAAUCAAGAAGGUGGUGAAAGAGUGCCUAAAAGUGACCAACAAAAAGGAAGUCGAAUGUAUUUGUCUUUACAUCCUUCUUCUUCAUCCACUUCUGAUAAUAAUUCGGAAGAUUCAGACACCAGAAAAGCCUCUUUAGAAGGCCAAAAUAGUGAGUACUUGAUUCUUUUAGGUUUUUUAGUUACCAGAUUGAAUAAUGAAUCAAUUUUUUGUCUUUGA